GACAGUGGAUGUGCUAGAGGACUUGGCUAAGGUUCUUCCCUGGUUUCCUUUGGUAACUGUCAGACAAUUGUGGCGCAGGAGCCCACUCGGUUUAGGAAGGAAUAAGGACUAUUUCUCCCUCUUUCCCUUUCCUUGGUCUCCCUCCCGCUCUCUCAGUUGCUCCCUCCCUCGCUCCCUCCCUCUCUGGUGUGAAGGUUGUGUGUGUGUGUUGUUUUUUUUUUUCAGAAAGCUCAGUGUCUCCGAGGAAGGGGGAGAGAGACAGAGCCGCGCUGGCUGCCUCCAGGAUCCUCUCCCAGCCUUGAGCAGCCGAAAUGGGAACAGCCCUCACUGUUUCCAGGGCAGCCUUUCGACUGACACUACAAAGAUCCAAAAUUCACUCCUAAAGGACGAGGAGCAGAGGGCGAUCUGCAUCUCCUGCCUCCUUGCACUUGGGCUCUUGCUAGGAAUUUCAGGGGUUGCCCUGAUGCAAGGCUGACACCCCCCAUAUUGUUGUUUUUAUCUUUAGGAUUUUCCUCUUCUCCUUUUUUCCUUCCCCUGCCCCCCAACCCACCCUGAGCCCUUGGCUGAGCAGGUGGCUUGUUCUAGUUGUGGGGUUUGCUCGGGGGGAGCUGUUUAGUGAGGAGGGGGUGACUCGUCUUUUCCCACGGGCAGACGGAGUGAUAUAGCUUGUGUCCUAGCAUCUGGCUGGAAAUUUUUGAACACCCUUCUUGCUGCGUCUCCAGAGGAGAGGGGCUUUUCUCCCCCGAGGAGGCGGGCGAGGAGCUAACCAGUCUCCGUCCCCAUUGACGAGGAGAGCGUGAUGGCAAGCGGGAGUGGCGCAUGGAUGGAGCGAGGUUACGUCUUCGGAUUCUGUUGCCUGGUUCUGUUGGACCCAGGGCGGGUUUGGACCAGGGCUCCCAGCACCCAGGAUCCUGAGCUGGAGGGGCAGGUGGAGAGCCAUGGUAACACCAGCUGGGCUCCCACCUUGGAGGACACUGUGGUGGCCCCCACUGAGGCUGUGCCAGGCAGCGACCGGUGCCGUGGUUACUACGAUGUCAUGGGGCAAUGGGACCCUCCAUUCAAUUGCAACUCAGGGAUCUACCGGUACUGCUGUGGGACCUGUGGGUACCGCUUCUGCUGCCAGUUCAAGCACGGGCGGCUGGACCAAAGUGGAUGCUCCAAUUAUGACACCCCCAACUGGGUCAACACAGGCCAGCCACCAGCCCGGGUGGAUGAGACCCCCGAGGAUCCUACCCGAGACAAGACCAACCUGAUUGUAUAUAUCAUCUGUGGUGUGGUGGCCAUCAUGGUGCUGGUGGGCAUCUUCACCAAGCUGGGCCUGGAGAAAUCACGGAGCCCCCCGACGGAGAUGACCAUGUCCAGAACACUCACAGACUUGCUGAAGCAGCCGGGCCAUGGCCCCUCUGACCACAUGACUGACAGCCACUUGGGCAGCAUCCAGGUCCAGAUGGGUGACGGGCUUGCCCGGAGCUCCCCCAGAAAUGGCACAGAAUCUUUCUUUGCAUUUCCAGACAAUAUGCACUUGAAUAACGCUGUGGUCAGCCCCCCUAUCGCCCCCCAGAUGGGGCUGCCACAUGCCCACAGCAACCGGCUGCAGAUGACGAGCACCAUGCCCCACCAAGCUCCGGACUACGCCAAGUACGCCACGCUCAAGGCCGUAGAGAGUGCGCCCGAAGAAUUCUACAAGCGGUUUCCCAUGGUGGACAUGCCUCCGCCUGGUCCUCUGUCCUUCCCACCCAUGGGGCUGCAUCAGAAAGACAUGCCUUCCCUGCACGACAGCUGUGCCUUGGUUGGCUUGGCUACACCUGGGCAGAAGGCCAAAGUGGUGAAAACCAACGCCCACCCACUGGUGGCCAGUCCGGCCUUCAAGGGAGGCUGGGACCCCAGCCAUCACCACCCCCCUGAUGUCCGCCGACAGAUCUAUGCCAACAAGCGCCAGUUCAGCGUCGAGAAGCUGCCGGAGGUCUUCAGCCAGACGCCCACCCACUAUGUCCAGCCCCCGCGGCCCUUCUCCACUAAUAGCAAGACUGAGGUCACUGUCUAAAAAGAACCUUCAUCUUUUUGUUUUAUGUCCCAGCAGCCUCUGGGGCUAACGGUCUUGUCAGCCCAGACCACCUGCUAGCGAAGUACCAGAGGUGCUUCCCCAUUAUAGCUGGUGGCACUAGGCUGGGUGUCAGGAGGGGCGAGGAAGGUGGGGGAAUCCCCACCAGAACAGGUGCCCACACCUCCUGAGAGUACGCGGAUAACGUGCAUGGUGAAACAGGCAUGCAUGUGCCCUGUGAUUGAUGCACGGCUGUUGUUUCCAGUUCACCUGUCCAUCACAUCACACUUGUACCAGAACGGUCAAUGUUGACGGGAGCCGGGGGACUCCACUGCUCUGGCCAGGGGAGUCACGUCCAAGCCCAGCUGGCAAGGGGGAAGGCACCACCCCCCACCCCCUCGAGGGGAAGGACAACUGGUGGGAGAUGUGAGACAAGCAAUUGCAAUAGCCAUUAAAGCCCAUUGGGUUAGCACGUGCAGCCCGUCCCCUCCCUCUGCCCCUCCAUGUGGGUUGUAAACAAGGGCACACAAUCACCAGUAUAAACGAACUGUACAAAAGGGCAGCUGGUAAGGGCUCACAAGGAGUUUUACUUUUCCCUUCUCUGCCAGCUCAGCUCGCUCCCCUUCACACGCUAGGCACCAGUGCCGAGUAGGGUUGGGGAUUUGUCUUACACCGUUUUUGAAUGUUUCGAAUGAUGGCCUAGCUGACCCUGCAGUUCUUGUUGCAUUUAGCGCCCGCGGGCCAGGGCUGUGGGUCAGUAGGUGAACACAGGGCUGCCCCUUGCUGGCUGCAGAGUAGCAAAACAUAGGUCCUACGUAAACAGUGACUGCUGGCUGAGGUUGGGGGCUGGUCAUUAUUUUUAGUUUCUGUGGGACAUUUCUGCCAGCCGGGGCAAGGCUGAGCGCUGGCUUUGGCAGCUCAGGUGGGGGCUGAUGGGGGCAUGGUGGUUUAAAGGGGAUGCAAAGCUGUCUCAGUGGGUAGGCUCUAUGGCCUGGCUUCACCAUGGAGCCUUUCUGGCUGCAGCUACUGCCCAGCAGCCGGCCCUGACGGUCGCCCCUGCCAGGUUACCGCCCAGCAGGGCGUGUGGGGCUUGGGGUGGCUCCAGAGCAGGGCCUGAGCGCUCCCAGCGCGCUGGGUGUGUUGGCCAUACGUGUCGUGCGCGUCACUGCUUCCCCCUCAACCUUGUGUUGUUCUCUCACACACACCCCUGCCCCAGGCCCAGCCACGUUCCCCUCUCCACUCGUACAGGUUCCAGAGCAGGCAGCAGUGCCAAGCUGGCCGCUGGGCUUGCUGCUAGUGCUGGGCCUGCAGGGCGUCAGUCACUCCCCUACCACCGGUUAUUGCACGCACCGGCUACCUAUGGCACAGCCUCGCCCAGCAGCUGCGGCCCCACGGAACUGUAGCCACAGGGUCUCAGGCUGGGUCAGCCUGCGUCUCCCUGACCAUGUUCAGCCACUCACCGUGGUCCACCAUGGAGGUGGUCAAGCUCCUUUGUGCCCAAGCUGUUUCGACCCCCCGGCAUGAGUUUGAAAAGCCACUGCUACUGUCAGCCUGGGGAAACGGCUCUCUUCCCUUCGUAGGGGCCGGGCUUUGCUAGUCACGUGCGUGUUUCACUCAGUUGCGGCCCUUGUCAAUUUUUUGUUUCCUUAAUUCUGCUUCAAAAGGGCUUUGUACCGCUGGCGCAUGUGUCUGUGGGUGGCUAAUGGCUGCCAGGCGGAGUGCUAGCCCUGUAAGGGUGCCACGCCCCUGAGCAGUCCCUCUCUAGAGCUGUAUUUCUACUGCGAGGGCAAGAAGCACAUGCUUAGCCACUGGAAGGGCCAAGCCACAGAUACAGCUUGCAGGGUUGGUACAGGUGAUGCUGCUGAGGUCAGAUUUGAACUGGGGACCUUCAGUCCCAGAAUAAUAAGCCAUUAAUGCUUGAGCUAGAGGACAGCUCCUCUAAUGAGCAGCAACAGCUGCAUAAACCUCUUAGCUGGACCAGCUACUAAAGGUAAACAUGCCACACUGCGUUACCUUUUAAUCCCCAUCACUCCCCCACCCCCCCAUUCAUCUGUCCGCAGGGCAACAGUGAGCAGCAGAGAGACGCGCGGGGAGAAAAGUGGAACAAAAAUGCUCCUUUAGGCCCGGCUUGCUUUCCCCCCCCUGCUGAUUUGAAGUUCACACACAAACUUUAGGGCUCUGCAGGAGCUGACAAACAGCUGCCAGUUUUCCUUCCUACUGCGCUCUGGUUGCUGCAUGGUGGCAAAGGCGUCGGUGGGGAGGACUCAGUGCAUGCCCUUUGCAUAAUGCACUGAACAGCAGGCGUGGACCUCUGCUCAAUAGUGAGGGCAGGUUAGCACCAUGGGAUGCCUCCUCUGGCACAAGCCCAUGCGGCGUGUCCGUCUUGUCCGCUCCUGGCUGAGGUGUGCACGCCCAGUGACAGCCAGUGCAGACCACCACCAAGGGCUCCCUACCCACUUCAUGCUGAGGCCAGGCAGGGUGCCUACCUUCCUCCCCUUGUUGAACUAGGGCUUCCAUCUGGUUUCUGAUGCCUGGAUAUUAAGUGACUUUAGGCCUUGUACCAGCCCAAGCCCUGCAGUGGGAGAGGCUGGGCUUAGCCCUGCAGGGCAGGCUACCACCCCCCCCCCCCCGCCAGCCCAAACGGGCCUUUUUUGUAAACCAAGGGGCUUUGACUCAUCAAGGCCCAUUUGGCUCUUGGCCUCUGCUGAGGCUGCGAACAAGGAGGCCAAUCAGUGCCAAUUGCCAGGUGUGUGAGACAGAGAGCGCUGGCCACCUGGCCCCUCCGGCGGAUGCUGGAAUAAAGCCAUUAACGUGUUUCACAUGGGCCACCAAGCAGCAAUCAGCUGGCAAAGCCUCCCAGUGGGGGAUGGGGGUUGGACUGGUGACCCAAAGGGGAAAGGUUCCUCUCCCUCCAUUCACGUCAUUCCAGCCCCUGGUCCUUUGAGCCGCUGCACCUCUUAGCAAUAAAUAUCACCCCCACCCCCACCCCCAGGAGCCUGAGUGGUGCAACUGGCUGUGACGCCGGGAACGUGAGCGGGCUGGGCACUAAAGCCUGGCCCAUGGACAGACAAAGCAGAACCAGGGCUCAACCCUUGUGUCCUGCCGGCCUUGGGUCAUUUUUAUUUGUAAGUCCCCCCCGUCUCCUACAGAAAUAAAAGUGCCCCUGUUGCCAGA